AAAAAGUUAAAAAUGUUGAAUUCGUGGAGAAAAUUUCAUUUUAUGGACAGAGAUGACAACCAAGCGAUGAUAAUAAACAUCCCAGAGGUAAUAGAUCCUCAUUAUGGAAUGUAUGUCUGGCCUUGUGCUCCUGUACUUGCCCAGUAUAUCUGGUACAACAGGGAGUGUGUUGCAGGCAAGAAUGUAUUUGAGAUAGGAGCAGGAACUUCUUUACCAGGGAUCAUGGCAGCUAAAUGCAAAGCACAUGUAACCCUAACAGAUUCUGCCGAGUAUCCUCGUUGUCUGGAGAACUGUCGAAAUAGCUGCAGAGCUAAUGAUUUGCCUCAGGUUAAGGUCCAAAGUCUUACUUGGGGUUUGCUAGAUGGCGAUACUCUCUCUCUUGGAGCACUAGAUGUCAUAUUGGGCUCAGAUUGCUUCUUUGACCCUCAAGAAUUCGAAGAAAUAAUUGUAACUGUUAGUUACCUUCUGAAGUUGAACAGGAAAGCUGAGUUCUGGUGUACUUAUCAGGAAAGAAGUUCUGAUUGGUCAAUCGAGGGGCUACUGCUGAAGUGGAACUUAAAUUGUAACCAGGUUCCUUUGCCAGAUUUUGAUGCUGAUUCGGGAAACAUUGCAGAAUCUGAUCUUCCAGGACCUCAUACUAUUCAUAUGUAUGUGAUGACUUAUAACGAUGUUGAUGAUACAUGACGUCACAAAAGGCUGUUCCAUUGAGGUUCCAUUGAGAUAAUACGGAGAGGAGAGUGAGGGAAUACUUUGCUAAAAGGUUGUGGUUCAAAGAAAUAGUUUGAGUAUUGUGGCAUAGACGGUUGAAUUUGUGAUAUACUACACUAUUGGCAAUUUGGUAUACUGAGAG